AUGACGGAUGAAGUCGGUCCUAUGAAUAAGACUAAGAAUUGGGAUUUGGUACCAAGACCACCUAACGUUAACAUUGUGCGUUCCAUGUGGCUCUUUAAACAUAAAUAUAAUGCAGAUGGAGUCCUUAAUCGACACAAGGCGCGUUUGGUCGCUACUGGGAAGUCUCAAGAGGAGGGACAUGACUACAAUGAGACGUUUAGCCCAGUGGUGAAGCCUGCAACCAUACGCAUUGUCCUCAAUGUUGGUGUUGCACUUGAUUGGCCCAUUCAGCAACUUGACGUAAAAAAUGCCUUCCUCCAAGGCGACCUCCAAGAAACAGUUUACAUUCACCAGCCACCUGGUUUUGUUGACAAGACUAGACCCUCGUAUGUUUGGAAGCUCAAUAAAGCCAUUUACAGCCUGAAACAGGCGCCCCGUGCCUGGAACUCUCGCUUCGCAAGCUACCUCAAGCUCAUGGGCUUUGUACAAAGUCGCACUGACUCCUCUCUUUUCAUAUUCAAAUGUGGUCGUGAUUGUGCUUACUUACUGCUUUAUGUCGAUGAUAUCCUCUUAACAGCUUCGUCCGCAGUCCUGAUUCAGAAAAUCAUCACCAAGCUGAAAACAGAGUUCCCUAUGACCGACAUGGGCAAGCUACAUCAUUUUCUUGGCGUCAAAGCUGAUUUCAAUGCUAAAGGUCUGUUUCUAAGCCAAUCUACCUAUGCGCAAGACAUAAUUACUCGAGAUGGUAUGGAAGGUUGCAAGCCACUUGCUACACCGGUUGAUCUCCAGUCCAAACUCUCCAUCGAUGCAGGUGACCCCAUCAACAAUCCCACUUUCUAUCGCAGCCUUGCUGGUGCUCUGCAAUACUUUACAUUCACGCGACCAGAUAUAUCCUACGCUGUCCAUCAAGUCUGCCUCUACAUGCACCAGCCUCGGGUACCUCAUCUUCACGCACUUAAACGCAUCAUCAGGUACUUACAGGGAACUCUUCACUAUGGCCUUCAGAUAACACGCGGACGUAUUGACACUUUAACUGCCUACUCUGAUGCUGACUGGACUGGUUGUCCUGACACACGCCGUUCCACCUCCAGUUAA